AUGUCUCCCUCCAGCGACGCCGCACAACACACAACCGAACAUCGAAAUACCCCCACCCACCUCUCUUACCCAUCGCACACACUCCGAGACAAACUAGCCUACCUGCGCUUCUCCAAAGAUGUUAACAACACCAUUGCCGGCGCCUCAGCCGGUCUCACCUCCGCGGUAAUCGUUUGUCCCCUCGAUGUUGUCAAAACUCGAUUACAAGCCCAAGGCGGCCUCCAAGCUGAGAUCUCGCGACGGCAUCCUGUGGAUGGGAUGACUGCGAUACGAUAUCAGGGUAUGAUUCCGAGUUUGAAGCGAAUAUGGCAUGAGGAGGGGGUUAGGGGGAUGUAUCGUGGGUUGGGGCCGACGGUGUUAGGGUAUCUGCCGACGUGGGCGGCGUAUUUUACGAUAUAUGAGAAGUGUAAGGUGUGGUAUGGUGAUCCUAACGACGGUACAGAAUCUCCAUGGAUGUCACAUAUUGCGUCGGCACUCACGGCGGGCGCUUCCUCGACAGCCCUCACGAACCCAAUCUGGGUCGUCAAAACCCGCUUGAUGACACAAUCGAAACACACGCCGUGGCACUACAAUUCAACACCCGACGCCAUCCGAAGAAUGUACCAAGACGAAGGCAUACGAACAUUCUACAGAGGACUCGGACCCAGUUUAUUGGGCGUGACGCACGUCGCCGUACAGUUCCCCCUCUACGAACAAUUCAAAGUAUGGAUCUCCCAAUGGCAAGGAAACGCCGACGGCGUGGAACCCGGAAGUGGAGCGAUCCUCGCCGCAAGCAGUAUCUCGAAAAUUAUCGCAAGCGCCGUGACAUACCCCCAUGAAAUAAUCCGAACACGACUACAAACUCAAACGAAAGGCGACAAAUCAGCGAAGUAUCGAGGUGUGAUACAGGCCGUGCGGAAGGUGUAUUUGGAAGAGGGGUGGAGGUCGUUUUAUACUGGGAUGGGGGUGAAUAUGUUUCGGACCGUGCCGAGUAGUGCGUUGACGAUUUGGACGUAUGAGCUGAUUGCCAAGAAAUUGGAAACGUGGAGUAAGUCUUUUGAUGAAGACGAGGAGUAAGGGCGUGAUAUCGAUGAACAGUAGAUCCUGGUCAUUUUGGAGCUCGGAGCAUAUUUUGAUAGAGAUUGGGAGGAUGCUACCGUAUACCCAGCUAUCACCAUUAUUAGCAUGUUAGCCAAGAGCGCGAGA